UCUUCCUCUGCUAUAAAUACCAAUAGCCAUUCAAACGACAUGGCAGAGAACAAGAUUAUUGAAAUUAAAUAACAUUUACCAAUGAGACAUUAUCACUGCCUUAUUCUCCUUUCCCUUCCCUUCCUCUCUCUAUUGGUGUUCUCCGCUACCUGUUCAGAAACUAUACCCGGAGGAUGGACCGCCAUCAAGAACGUCAAAGACCCCCACGUGGUGGAAAUCGCCAAAUAUGCAGUGAGCGAAUACGACAAGCGUUCUGGGGCGAAGCUGAAGCUGGUGAGUGUCGUCAAGGGUGAAACGCAGGUGGUGGCUGGCACCAAUUACCGCCUCGUGCUCAAGGCCAAGGAUGGAUCCGCCACCGCCAAUUAUCAGGCCGUCGUUUGGGAGAAGCCUUGGCUUAAGUUUAAAAACCUCACUUCCUUUAAUCCUCUUUAAUUUUCUCUAUCAUCAACUCUCCUACUAAUACUAUGUAUGAUCUACCGUCCUGUUGUUUUUGUCGUGCAUUCCUUUUUACUUCUCUCUCUUGCUUUCAGUUUUGUCAAUAAAGUUGUUGGUUGAUGUAUUUAUUAUA